AUGGAAGAAAAUUUGGUUUUUAAAAGAAAAGUCCCUUUAUAUCCCGAUAGUCAAAAGAAUUUUAGUACAAUCUCGGCUACUCAGUUUUAUGAACUGACUAAUAUUGUUAACACAAGUCAGCCUUUUGAUGAACAAGUAUAUAAUGAACUUCCUAACUUAGAAAUAUUUGAAUUUAAUCAAGAAAACUAUAAUAAUGUGAAAUCAAUAUUUGAACAAGAAGCUGCAAGUAAUGAUGAUAAUGGUUUUGAAACAGAUUUUGAAGACCAAGUUUUUCUUCCACUUCCAUUAACAUCUAUU